AUGGAUCCACUCAGUAUUUCAGCUAGCAUCAUUGCCUUGCUCCAAUUAUCCAGCACAAUCAUCGGGUACCUCAGCGAUGUCAAAGGCGGGCCCAAAGAAUUACAAAAAAUUCGGCUUGAAAUAUGCAGUGUCCUCCCCAUGUUAAGCAUUCUUCAAGACCAGGCGGAGCAAGCAAAAGCCGGCGGUCUCUGGUCUUCUACUUUGUUGUCUCUCGACGGGCCGAAUGGGCCGAUUCAGCAAUUCCGAGAAGCGUUAGAACAGUUGAGACUCAGAUUAGUCCCUGUUGAGGGUUGGAAAAAGGUCGGCAAGGCCUUCACUUGGCCAUUCGAAAAGGACGAAAUACAGAGGAUUUUAAGCACUGUUGAGCGACGAAAGCUACUCUUCACUCUCGCUCGUCAGAACGAUCACAUUGCCUUGUCAAAGGCCAUCAAGGGCGAUGUGAGGGACGUACACGAAAGGGUCAACGAGAUCGGAGAAGGAGUGGCUCAAUCGCAACUUAGCGAAAAGCACCACAAGAUUCGCCUGUGGUUGUCCGGACUCGAUCCAUCGUCGAAUUACAAUAGGGCGCUUAGAAAGCGUCUUCAGGGGACAGGUAGCUGGCUUAUCAAAAAUGAUGUCUUUCGUGGCUGGAAGCAAGAUCCAGGCCCGGGCUCAAUCAUCUGGCUCUACGGCAUUCCUGGAUGCGGGAAAACAAUUCUCUCCUCGACAAUACUGGAACAUGUCCUUGACAGCUACCCCCCGACAUCCAAUACCGCUGUGCUAUAUUUCUUUUUUGACUUCAACGAUGUCAACAAGCAACAGCAUGAGGCCAUGAUACGCUCCUUACUCAGUCAACUAUCCAUGCACUGCGUUAGUGUACCACCAGUAUUGGACACACUGUAUUCUUCAUGUAUGAAUGGUGGACGAAGACCGACCUUCGAGGCACUCCUAGAAACAUUCCAUCAAAUGGCAAUCAUCUUUACAACCACCUUCAUUAUUCUUGACGCUCUUGAUGAAUGUGAAGAAAGGCCGGAACUCAUGGCGGACAUCGAGCAAUUGGUUGGCUGGAAAGACACAAACUUGCGAAUUCUAGCAACAAGCCGGAGAGAAAAGGAUAUAGAGGACUCAAUCUUGCCUCUAACAAAGGAUGAAAGUAGAAUAUGUAUGCAGAGCGCACUUGUCAAUGCCGACAUUCGCGCAUACGUACAUGACCAACUUCGAACAAAUACGAAAUUGCAAAGAUGGCAAAAGGAGCCGAAAGUGCAAACGGAAAUCGAGGACACGUUAAUGAAGAAAGUUGAUGGAAUGUAA